CCAGGGCCAAGCUGUGGAAGCUAAAAACUGGAAGUUCAGACCUGUGGCUGGAGCUGCGGAUCUGCCUUGGUAGCAGGCAGUGGAGGAGGGGAGCAGCCUGGCCACUGUGUCUGUCCCUCUGUCUAUCCAUAAACCCAUCGGCUGGCUGGCUGGCUGGCUGGCUUCCUGUUGCUCCUCUGUAACCUGCCUGCCCACCUGUCCGUAAGCCUGUCUGUUUUCCUUUCUACCCAGCUGUCUGUCCUGUGUGACUGUCUCUUUCUCUCUCUGGACCCACUCCUCUCUUCCAUCCAUCCAGUCACCUGAGUUCACCUGUGUAGUUUCUUCUCCAUUCCCCUGGCAGUCGAUCUGUCCCUUCGUCUGUCCACUGCCCCGUGUGCCCACCCACCUCCCCUCUCUCUUCCCGGACCCCUGUGCCAUGGCAUGGGGCCACAGAGCCACAGUCUGCCUGGUCCUGCUGGGCCUGGGUCUGGGCCUGGCCACCAUUGUGCUGGCUGUGGGCCUCUCUCAUCAUCAUGCCUCCUGUGGUCCCGAGGCCUUCGCACAUGCGGCCGUGGCCGCCGACUCACAGAUCUGCUCUGACAUUGGACGAGCCAUUCUCCAGCAACAGGGCUCACCCGUGGACGCCACCAUCGCUGCCCUGAUCUGUACUGGCGUUGCCAACCCCCAGAGCAUGGGCCUGGGUGGAGGGGUCAUCUUCACCAUCUACAAUGCAUCAACAGGGAAGGUGGAGGUCAUCAAUGCUCGGGAGACUGUGCCAGCCAGCCAUGUCCAGGGCCUGCUGGACCAGUGCAAAGACGCCCUGCCACUGGGCAAAGGGGCCCAGUGGAUUGGAGUUCCUGGGGAGCUCCGUGGCUAUGCCGAGGCCCACCGCCGACAUGGCCGCCUGCCCUGGGCUCAGCUUUUCCAGCCCACCAUCGCGCUGCUCCGAGAUGGUUUCCGCGUGCCCUCUGUCUUAAGCCAGUUCCUCAACAGCUUCCUGAGGCCCUUCCUGUACUCAUCAACACUGAGACAGCUCUUCUUCAAUGGGACAGAAACCCUGAGAUCUCAGGAUCCAUUCCCGUGGCCUGCGCUGGCCAACACCCUGGAGACCGUGGCCACGGAGGGUCCGGAGGCCCUGUACACGGGGAGGCUAGGCCGCAUGCUGGUGGAGGACAUUGCCAAGGAAGGAAGCCAGCUGACGGUUCAGGACUUGGCUGCCUUCCAGCCGGAAGUGGUGGAGCCUCUGGAGCUGCCCCUGGGAAACUACACCCUGUACUCCCCACCGCCGCCUGCAGGGGGUGCUGUUCUCAGCUUCAUUCUCAACGUGCUGAAAGGGUUCAACUUCACUGCAGAGAUGGUGGCCCGGCCUGAAGAGAAAGUGACCAUAUACCAUCACCUUGUCGAGACACUCAAGUUCGCAGUAGGGCAGAGGUGGAGGCUUUGGGACCCUCACAGCCACCCAGGGAUACAAAACAACUCCCAGGACCUUCUCGGGGAGGCUCUAGCCCAUCACAUCCGUCAGCAGAUUGAUGGCCGCGGUGACCACCAGCCCAGCCACUACAACCUGUCCGGGGUCAGGGCCAACAGGAUGGGCACCUCUCACGUGUCAGUGCUGGGAGAAGACGGCAGUGCUGUGGCAGCCACCAGCACCAUCAACACUCCCUUUGGAGCGAUGGUGUACUCACCACGGACAGGGAUUCUCCUCAACAACGAGCUCCUGGACUUAUGCUGGAGACAUGAGCCCGGUUCCACGGCCACUCCUCCACCUGUUCCAGGUGAGCGACCGCCAUCUUCCAUGGUGCCUUCCAUCUUGAUCAACAAAGCGGAGGGAUCAAAGCUGGUGAUCGGUGGGGCUGGUGGAGAGCUCAUUACCUCUGCUGUGGCCCAGACCAUCAUGAACAAGCUGUGGCUUGGCUUUGACCUGACAGAAGCCAUUGCAGCCCCCAUCCUGCAUGUCAACAGCAAGGGCCGUGUGGAGUAUGAACCCAAGUUCAACCAGGAGGUGCAGAAGGGGCUGCAGGCCCGGGGCCAGAACGAGAGCAAGCGGUUGUUUUUCCUGAAUGCGGUCCAGGCUGUGCUUCAGGAAGGGCCCUGUGUCUAUGCAGCAUCUGAUCUGAGGAAGGCUGGAAGGGCAUCGGGAUACUAAGACAGCUUUGCCCAGAGCUGGGGUCUGGCCCACUGUGCGUCCCGUGUCCCACAUGCUGUAGGUCUGGGUAGCUCAGGACCUAGAUCCCUUUUGCCGUGAGAUCACCCGGAACUGAAAAGGGCGGGGAUCAGCUUGGCAGAUGAAUGACUGAAGACGGAAGGGUGAUUUGUCCCAGAACCCAGCCCAACACCUUCGGUCCUACGGUCCCGCCCUGGCUCUUCUAGCCUUCCCCUGGCCUCAUGUUCACUCUCUAAAUGGUGUACCCACCCAUCCAAGAUUAAAGAGGAUCACGGCGUGGAUUGAUUUAGUGGUUCCAAGCAAGUAAGGAACCGUCAGAUAGUGCCCAGACUCCUUCAGGCCUUCUCAUCCCUGGCUGAGAACUGCUGCACCAGGUGGGUGGGAAACUGCCAUAGUUGGCGUUGCGGGCCACCCAGUAAGGUGCCCAUCAGUGCCCAUCACGGACAGCUCCCUCUCGGGACCUGAGCACCUUGUACCACGCUGACUUCUGGGAGCAUCAGGUACUUAUACGCCACCCCAAAUGUCUGAAGGCAUCGCUUCACUAAAUGCAGGAUGCAAGAACAAGCUGCAUGGCUUAUUCAUCACUCUGGUUCGUCACUCUAGUUCAAUAAAUAAGAUCUCUUUUUGCUAGGACCUAGGUUUUGAUUCCCAGCAACCACAUGAUUGUUAGUAACCAUCUAUAGCGCCAGUUUCCGGGUACCUGAUGGCCCUCUCUCACCUCCAGAGGCACCAAGGAUACAAGUAGUACACAUACCUACAUGCAGGCAAAAGACUUGCACAUAAAAUUAGAUGACUAAAUCCAACUUCAAAAAUGAAAAAAUAAAAUUGAUGACUUCUAACUCUGAAAAUAAAGGUAAAUGUGCCAGCGGA